AUGGCAGCUGAAACCGAUCGCCACCGACGCGCCGAUCAUGUCGUGCUGUUCCCCUUCAUGGCGCAGGGCCACCUCUCGCCGUUCCGCUGCCUCGCCGCCCUUGUGCGCCGCUGCCGCCCCGACGCCCGGGUCACCGUCGUCGCCACCUCCGGCACGGCCGACUCCGUCCGCGCCAACCUCGACGACGAAGGCAUCUCCGUCCACGCCCUCCCCUUCCACCCCGCCGACGCUUCUCAGCAGCUCAUCGACCACUUCCUCGCCUCCGAGUCGCUCCGCCCGGCGUUCCACCAGUUCAUCGUCGACCUCAGAUGCUCCGACCCCCUCGCUGACGUGCACGUCGUGGCGGACAUGUUCCUGGCCUGGACGGCGGACGUAGCCCGUGGCGACCACGGCGUCACGCACUCCGUCCUGCUCACCACCGGUGGCUACGGCUCGGCGCUCUACUUCUCGCUCUGGAACAGCGUCCCGCUUGUCCCCGACGUCGAUGAGUGCUUCCGGCUGCCGAGCUUCCCGGACAUCCGCGUCCACCGUUCGCAGCUCACGGAUCACCUCGCGGCGGCCGACGGCGGCGACGCGUGGUCCACCUUCAUCCGCAGGCAGAUCGCCGCCUUCUCCCGCGCCGACGCGCUGCUCGUCAACACCGCUGAGAAGCUGGAGCCCAAGGGAUUAAGCAUGCUGCGGCAAUGGCUCAACAAUGUCCCGAUAUUCCCGGUCGGGCCGCUGCUUCGGGCGGCAAGUUCGUCGUCCCCGGAGACGAUGACGAGUAGCCCCAUCUUGGCGUGGCUCGACAAGCAACCGCCAGGCUCGGUGCUGCACGUGUCGUUCGGGUCGCUGUACACGAUCUCCGCGUCGCAGGCGACGGAGCUGGCAAUGGGGCUCGAGAAGUGCGGGCACAAGUUCGUGUGGGUGGUCCAGCCCGCCGCCGACGUGAACGGCAGCGAGUCACCGCCAUUGGGCCUUCCGGACGGGUUCGCGGAGAGGAUGGAGGCGGCAGGGCGCGGGCUGGUGGUUCAGUGCUGGGCACCGCAGGUGGAGAUUCUGGCGCACUCAGCCACGGGCGGCUUCCUGACACACUGCGGGUGGAACUCGGCGCAGGAGAGCCUCGCCUGCGGCGUGCCGAUGGUCGGUUGGCCGCUCUCGGCGGAGCAGUUCUACAACGCCAAGUUGCUAGCGGAGGAGAUGGGGGUGUGCGUCGAGCUGGCGCGCGGCGCCGCGGCGGCCGUGACGAGGGACGAGGUGGCGGAGGCGGUGGAGAGGGUGCUCAGCGAGACGUCUGGAGUGCGCGCCGCGAUGAGCCGGAAGGCCGCAGAGAUGGAGGAGGUGAUCGACGCUGCUAGGCACGGCGACGGCGAGGAGUCGUCGCUGGGAGUGACGCGGAGGUUCUUGGACGCGAUGGCGUCUUGGCGCGGCGGUGGUGCUGGCGUGGUGUGCGGCGUUAUGGCUUCCGAAGCCCUUGCUGCAAUAGUGAAGGUGGUGUUGGUGUCAAUGCAAGCAGUCCACCAUGGUGAUGUGGGCGCCAUUCCUUUCCUUUUCUUCUGGCUCCCCUCCAUGGAAGUCGAGCCGCGGCUCAAUCUCGUAAGAUGGUUUUUGGGUACGCACUGCCAGAUAAAACCAUCAACGCCGGGCAUGAGGCCGAUGUUCUUGGAUGACGUCCGUGUGCUCAAGGAAUCGGUGUUUGGUGAGGAGGUGCUUGUUCAAGUGGCCUCGCUUGAAUCAUCUCAUGCGAUCUGGACGGCAUUAGCAAAUAUGUUCUCUGCAGUUUCCUUGUCUCGCGUGAACAACAUCAGAUCCGCCCUCACCAAUGCCCAGAAAGGAUCUCAAUCCGCCUCCACCUACUUCGGGCAGAUGCGCGCCCUCUCUGACGAGCUUGCGGCGGCGGGCAAACCGCUUGGGGAGGGAGAGCUCAUCUCCUUCAUCGUCGCCGGGCUUGACAUGGAGUAUCAACCGAUCAUCUCUGCACUCGACGUCCGCACCGAGCCCAUCACCGUCGACGCGCUCUUCUCGAUGGUAGCCAACUUCGAUCAGCGCGUUGAGAUGUUCAACGGCGCCGGUGGCUUCAAGUCAUCGGCAAACACGGUCUCCAGAGGUCGCUCAGGUGGUGGCAAAGGCGGCUACCGAAACCAGAAGAACGGCGGCCGCGGCGGGGGCUAUCCUGGCG